CCAGGUUUUGGUCCGGAGCCGUCGGGCCAAUCUCGGGUAUUUCGAGGAGAUGCUACCAGGGAACAUGGAGAGAGAGUGUGUGGAGGAAAUGUGCAACUACGAAGAAGCCAGAGAAGUGUUAGAAGAGCCGGAUAAAACGGAGUCAUUCUGGUGCAGGUAUCAGGAAUGUGGAGGAGCUGAGACGACUAGGCAGAGAACCAGAGGCAGAAUGAACUUCAUCCGAAAGUGUGUCACCCCAGUCAAGCUUUGGUGUGUAUUUCGUCACAUAGACAACUACUACCCUCUCCGACAGUGGAGAAGAAAAAAUAAAUAAAAAUGUGCAACAGAUAAAACAAGACAUUCUUACCACAAGAUUAAAAAAGUACUCAACAGAUAGGGAUAUUUCCCAAAACUAAAACAAAACGGCAACAAUGUCACAACA